GUUGGCACGGUCACCCAGGGCUUCGCAGGACCCGGUCCCUCAGUGACAGAUGGACAAUGCAAGAAUGAGCUCCUUCCUGGAAUACCCCAUCCUCAGCGGUGGCGACUCGGGGACCUGCUCAGCGCGAGCCUACCCUUCCGACCAUGGAAUUACAACUUUCCAGUCGUGCGCGGUCAGUGCUAACAGCUGUGGCGGCGACGACCGCUUCCUAGUGGGCAGGGGGGUGCAGAUCAGCCCGCCCCACCACCACCACCACCACCACCACCAUCACCCCCAACCGGCCACCUACCAGACUCCCGGGAACCUGGGGGUGUCCUACUCCCAUUCGAGUUGUGGUCCAAGCUAUGGCGCGCAGAACUUCGGCGCGCCUUACAGCCCCUACGCGUUAAAUCAGGAAGCAGAAGUAAGUGGUGGGUACCCCUCGUGCGCUCCCGCUGUUUACUCUGGAAAUCUCUCAUCUCCCAUGGUCCAGCAUCACCACCACCACCAGGGUUAUGCCGGGGGCGCGGUGGGCUCGCCUCAGUACAUUCACCACUCAUAUGGACAAGAGCACCAGAGCCUGGCCCUGGCCACGUAUAAUAACUCCUUGUCCCCUCUCCACGCCAGCCACCAAGAAGCCUGUCGCUCCCCUACAUCAGAGACAUCUUCUCCAGCGCAGACCUUUGACUGGAUGAAAGUCAAAAGAAACCCUCCCAAAACAGGGAAAGUUGGAGAGUAUGGCUACGUGGGUCAACCCAAUGCAGUGCGCACCAACUUCACCACGAAGCAGCUCACUGAGCUGGAAAAGGAGUUCCACUUCAAUAAGUACCUGACGCGUGCUCGCAGGGUGGAGAUUGCCGCGUCCCUACAGCUCAAUGAGACCCAGGUGAAGAUCUGGUUCCAGAACCGCCGGAUGAAGCAGAAGAAACGAGAGAAGGAGGGUCUCUUGCCCAUCUCUCCUGCCACCCCGCCAGGAAGUGAGGAGAAGGCCGAAGAAUCUUCAGAGAAGUCCAGCUCCUCGCCCUGCAUUCCUUCCCCGGGGUCCUCUACCUCAGACACUCUGACCACCUCUCACUGAGGCCGACCAAGCCCCAGACUCCGCAGCCCAGGCUAUUCCGCAGGCUGGGGACUCCUUACGCAAAGCACAUUCUUAGCUUAUCUUCCUUUCCAUUUACAGUCUCUCUCUUCCUUUCUGAUCCUAUCUGGGGAGCUCCUGGCCAGGACAAUGUGUUUCCAGA